AUGUUCGGCAUCAUAGCAGACCUCAUUGCAUCAGCAACAACAUUCCUCCUGCCCGCGUAUCUCUCCUACAAAGCCCUACGAACCAACGACCCAGCCCAAACGCACCCCUGGCUCAUCUACUUCACCAUCCUAACCCUUACCCUCCUCUUCGAAUCCUGGACAAUCUUCAUCAUAGGCUGGAUCCCCUUCUACUCAUGGCUCCGCCUGAUCUUCCUCCUCUACCUCGUCCUCCCUCAGACUCAAGGUGCUAAGCUGCUCUACCUCGAAUACCUGGAACCCUACAUAGUCGAUCACGAAUCCCGCAUUGAUCAAUUCAUCGGCGAAACCCAUGCGCGCCUCCAACAGAUGGGCCUAGGCUACAUGAACAUUCUAAUCGAGUUUCUGAGGGACAAGAUCUUAGGUCAAAAGAGUCCGCAGCCUGAGCACUCACAGUCCCAGUCCACUGCAGGCGCAGGAACAGCAAUAUAUGCAAGCUACGCUUCAGACCUCCUCUCUCGCUUCGCCAUGCCCGGUGCGCGAACCGAUCAACCGAAUCCACAAGGCACAACCUCCGCCAGCGUCUACAGUGCAAUCUCCAACCUCGCUGGUGCCGCGUUCGCCGGAUCCUCAGCCGCAGGCGCCCCACGUUCAGCAGCACAUGAAGCCUCCUCCAUCCCCGGCUCCCUCGUUGACACCAUCCCAGGAUCCACUUCAUCAGAGAAGGCAAACUACAUCUCCGCCCAGCGCGAGCGACUGUCAACUCUUCUCAAAGCCCUGGACAGAGAACAACAGAGUCUCGACCUGGCAUAUGGAUCUGCACCGACUUAUAACAGACCACCCAGCAGCUCAUCGGGUGCAAGCGGCCUCAAGACAAAGUCCAGAAGUGAGGUGUCAUUCGAAAAUGUUGACUACGACGAAGCAACUGAACGUGUACAUACUCCAGGCUCGACACCACCAAGACUAGCGACUGAACCUCCUCAGGCCCGUCGGACCACAAGUGGAAACUGGUUACCAGCUGGUAUGGGUGGAUGGUUUGGUGGUGGUAGCUCGACAACCCCUCACAAUGAUCGCACGGAGCGGGAUAGAGGAGACACAGAUGAGCAAUCGUCGACCGCCUCAAAGGGUUGGUCUGCGGCGAGAGAUAUUACGGAGGAGAUGGCGCGCGGUAUGAGUAGUGGUGUGGACACGGGCAGAUGAAUUCACCCAUCUUGUCUAGAGAAUUAUCACGACUGCAUUGCUUGGAAUAACCGUAAACGAUUGAGAAUGCAAGAUAUGCAUGCAUGAUACCACAUCAUUCACUAAGAAGUAAACUUGAUGCAUCCAUAAAUAUGCCGCAUGCCAUUGCAGUACGCCAGCACCAACAAUGGAUGACAAUGACAGUCCGGGCUUUUGGUUGCUCGUACACCAUGUCUUGCAAAUUCAUCCAGGCUUCAUCGCCCUUC